CGGGCCCCCCACCGGGGCCGCGAUGUGCCGCCGCCUUUGUUUGCUCGAGGAGAUGCCCCCUCCGCGCCGCUUGGCCCGCGCCGGCGCCUAUAAAGGCCGCCGGGGCCAGACGGGACGGUGACUCGCUCCGGGAUCCCGCGCUCGCCUCGCCGCGAUGACCCUCCUGGGCGCGGCGCUGCUGCUGCUGCUCCUGCCGCCACUCGCCCUCGUGUGGCCGGGCCACGGCUCAGCCCCGCGCCCGCCCAAGCCCCUCUUGCCCAUCCAGCCCGAAUCGGCGGACCCUCUACCCUCCAAGGGGGCGGCAGGCUGCUCUUUCGGUGGCAGAUCCUAUGCCCUGGAGGACACUUGGCAUCCUGACUUGGGCGAGCCUUUUGGCAUCAUGCACUGCGUGGUCUGCUCCUGCGAGCCGCAGAGGAAUCGCCGUGGGAAGCCGACAGGCAAAGUCAGCUGCAAGAACAUUAAGCACGACUGUCCCACCCCUCCUUGCAGUGACGCCAUCCUGCUGCCAGGACACUGCUGCAAAACCUGUCCGAAGGCCACUCCCAGCAUCCCAGAGAAGAGACCCGAGCCGCUGUUUGACAACUUUGAGUACUUUCAGGAUAAGGAAGAUGACUUACAUAGGAAUUACAAUGACCGCGCCUACCUAAGUUCUGAGGAUUUGGUCCGAGAUGACAGCCGCAUAGAUUUUGUGUCCUUGCUAACCAGCGGCUCAGAGACCCAGACGCCCGUGUCCAGUGCAGUGGCAAAAGCCAGAUUCACUCUUGUGCGCUCUCACCUCCUCUUCUCAAUCCACUAUGAGAGGCUGGGCCAGCCGAGCCGAGUCCGUUUCACAGACGCUGGCGGGACUGUCCUCUUUGAGCACCCUGUGCAAAGGGGCCCCUCCCCACAGGAUAACAUGAUCUGCGGCGUCUGGCGAAACCUGCAAAAGUCUUUGACCCGGCAGUUGAAGGUUGACCAGCUGCACAUUUCCCUGGUCACCAAGUCUCACCCUGAGGGCGAGAUACGAGGCAAAAUCAUCAAGCACCGGGCCCUCCUUGCAGAAACUUUCACUGCUAUCCUGACAUCCGUCGACGCGACCCACCUUGGCAUGGGGGGCAUUGCUAUGCUCACCCUGAGCGACGCGGAGAACAACCUGCAUUUUGUCCUUGUCACCAAAGGGCUUCUGGAGCCGGCGGAGAAAAAAUCCUCCUGGCUCCCCCUGAGGGUGCAGAUCCUUCACCAGGACAGGGUCCUGAGGGAGGUGCAGGCCAAUGUCUCCUGGCAGGACCCCGACUUUGCAGAGGUGCUGUCCGGACUGGUGGCUCGAGAAAUGCUGUGGCUGGCACAAGGGCAGCUGGAGAUCACCGCAGAGGUGGAGGGCAGGUUGCGCCGUAAAAUUGCCGGCCGGAUCACUACCAGAAAAAGCUGUGACACCAUCCAGAGCGUGCUCUGUGGAGGAGACGCCUUGACACCCACCCAGACAGGGGCUGUGGGCUCUGCCAAGCUCACGCUGCACGAGAACGGGACCUUGGAGUAUCAGGUCCAGGUGGCCGGAACAAGAAGCGAAGUGAUUGGCGUCACACUGGAGACCAAACCUCGCAGAAGGAAUAAGCGCAACAUCGUGUACGACAUGACACCCAGCUACGAGGACGGAAUGGCCAGUGGGACCUGGGAGCAAGUGAAUGGGCGUGACGCCCACAUGUUGCUGCAGAAUGAGCUCUUCCUGAAUGUGGCCACCAGGGAUUUUGAAGAAGGGGAGCUGCGUGGGCAGAUCAGCAGCCUCCUGUACAGUGGACUGCCAGCACGGCACGAAGAACUUCCUGUCCCACUGGCCGGCCAAUUUGUGUCCCCUCCUGUGCGCACUGGAUCUUCUGGGCAUGCCUGGGUAUCCCUGGACGACCACUGCCACCUGCACUACGAGAUCAUAGUAGCUGGCCUUGGCAAGGCGGACGACGGCACCGUCAGCGCUCACCUCCACGGCUUUGCAGAGCUGGGCGAGCUCCGGGAGAGCAGUCUGCGGGAGCACAAGCGACUGCUGCGGGGCUUCUACGGCACAGAGGCUCAAGGAGUAGUGAAGGACCUGGAUGAGGAGCUCCUCCGCCAUUUGGCUCAGGGCACAGCCUUCCUGCAAGUCAGUACUAAAGCAAAUCCACGAGGGGAGAUGCGGGGCAAGGUACACAUACCCAACCGCUGCGAGGCGGGCGGCAUUCGGCUGGCUCCAGAGGACCCCGAGGAUGAGCUUCCAGUAGAUCCAAACCCCAGGGACCCCGAAGAGUUGAAGAAAGACCCCAGCUCCUGCUACUUUGAAGGGCAGCACCGCCCCCAUGGCUCCCGCUGGGCCCCAGAGUAUGACAAGAAAUGCUCCGUGUGCAGCUGUCAGAAGCGCACUGUUAUCUGUGACCCUGUCCUGUGCCCGACGCUCAACUGCUCCCGGCUGGUGCACCUGAGAGAUCGUUGCUGUCCUGUGUGCGAAGAGGAGAAGGAAACCCCAGGAGGACCAAGAGCUGCCGAGCGAGCCCAAGACAGCAGCGAAGGCUGUUACUUUGAGGGCGACAAGACGUGGCGAGGAGCAGGAACACACUGGCACCCCGUGGUCCCUCCCUUCGGCCUCAUUAAAUGCGCCAUCUGCACCUGCAAGGGAGCCACGGGGGAAGUUCACUGCGAGAAGGUCCAGUGCCCUCACCUGACCUGCAGCAACCCCAUCCGGGCCAACCCAUCGGACUGCUGCAAGCAAUGCCCAGCCCCAGAGAGGAGUCCCUCCGCCCUCUCUGACAUGAUGCAAGCGGACGGGCCCAGGGCAUGCAAGUUUGGGCGGCAGUGGUACAUGCACAACGAGAGCUGGCACCCCACUGUGCCUCCGUUUGGAGAGAUGAAAUGCAUCACCUGCUGGUGUCUGUCUGGGGAGACUCACUGCCAGCGCCAAGAAUGCUCUCCUGCCUCUUGUUCUGGAGGGGAGAAAACAGAGGACAACUGCUGCUCCAAAUGCCACGGACCGGAUGACACUCAGGAGAUGCCACGAGAGGAAGCCAAGGAUUCCUGGGGACACUAGCUGGCUGGCUGGACCAGGGAGCCCAGGUGUCACGGCGGGCACUGCCAAGGGCUGGUAGAGCUGAAGAACAGUGCCUUUUGCAGAUGGCGCUUCGCAAGACCUCCCCAAACCCCUCCACGUUGUGUUGGCUUCAUAAGUCAACAGAGGAGAGGGGGCGACUUCUGCUCUUGCCCCAGAAUGAACAGCCAUCCUUUUGAGUGCCUGGCACGCUCUUGGCUCUCUGCCAGCCUGGCACCAGCCUGGCUGUCGUAUAUAUUUUGGACUGGCAUCCAUGAAAGGAGACGGGGGAUCCACAAGCCUCUUGGGGACUGCAGGUGGAUAUCAAGCAAGGCUAUAAUUGCAAUGGAGAGGUGUGUGGGGCAUCAUCUGUUGCGCUAGGUAAAGCUGUGAGCCCCCUUCUCAGGGUGAGGUCUUGGAGCACAGCUGGGAACCCUUGCAUAGGACUGCAACAAAUUCAAGAGUGCAUUGCCUCCAUCCAACUGUUUCAGACAGCUUCGUGUCUUCAGUACGGCUUACGUGGCCCACCCCCCAGACCAGCCUGUAUAUGGUGUAAAAUUGUCACCCUCUGCUGCAUCUCUUUGGGGUCUGUUGUUGGGAAGGACUUGUUGUGUAAUUUAUGGUUUCCACGGGCAAGUUUCUGUUUCUUCCCCGCUCAUCUCAAUGCGGGAGGAUUGUUACGGGAGAUGAUGUAUUUAUUAAA